UAGCUUGUCGCUGUCAAACACGUCAAGUUGGAUAUUCUGUGUCCCGAAGCGGUGUAUUGUCAAAAGUAAAUAAAUAAAUAAAUGAAUUUGUAGCAUCUUGUUUUCGGAAGUUCUACGACAAAAUACAAAUAUUAUUGCUUUGUUGAGUGCACAAUUGAAUAUAAAACAUCGUUAAACACUCACUGUUAAUACAAAUGACGGAAUUGCAAGACAACUUGCCUCCAGGCUGGGAGUGCAAAAUCGAUGGACUCACAGGAAAACAAUAUUACAUAAAUCACAAUACCAAAACUACUACCUGGGAUGAUCCUCGAAAUCGUUACAGGUCAAUUCAUGCAACUCCCAAACAUAUUGAACACAUACCCCUUCAACAUGGUUCACCAGAUUUACGAAGGAAUUAUGUGUAUCCAAGUCAGACUACACCUAUUCCAGCAUUUCAAAUGUCCACAAAUCAAAGCACUAAACCGAACGCGUUCCAGGAACUACGUAGUACAUCGCGCUCAAGCCCUCUUACAUUACGAGGAGCAAAAAUUCAAGACAGCUCCUUAACAAUUCAACAAGACACUGAUGAAGCUAUUGCUAAAAUCAGUGCCAUGUUUCCUACUGUUUCAGAAACUCAUAUUCGCUUAUUGAUGAAAAAGUAUCACAAUCGAGAAGCUGUUGUGAUAAGUGCAUUGCAGGUGGAAAAAAAUCCAAUUACUACGCCUGGACCUUUUGCAACUCCCCCUCCUCAGCGAAACAUUCAUCAUCCCAGCGUAUAUGCAUUACAUAAGACGCCUCCCCUUGGGCUCCGCUCUAGCUCCAGGGGUGGUAGUCCAGUAUUAAGACCUGGAUCGGGGACGAACAGCACAUACACAGGCUCUCCACGCAUAGGAGAGGGUUUCAGAAGUUCUCCAAGGCCCCACUCUUCUCCUAAAUUAAAACUAAGGUAUAUGAAGUCAAUUUUCCCAAAAGCAGACGAAACGGUUAUUUUGGAUAUACUCAGCAACAAUGAAAGCAAUAUACAGAAAACGUCAGAAAUCUUAACGGAUAUGGGUUUUGAAAGAAAAGACACUGUAAAGAUGGCACAGCAGAAAGUCGAAAUGAAAAGCCAGCCUGUUAAAAAAGAGGAGGAAAUUAAGAAGGAAGAACCUAAACCGUUACCCCCUCAGAUGAAAACGUCAGAAGAAAAGGCGGCACUUACUGAAAAAUUGAAGAACAAGUUUGAAGGUGUAGCAGAACACUUAAUUACGAUAGCACUGGAAAGUGUGGAUUUUGACGAAAGCAGAGCGAAUCAGAUUCUCGAAAUUAUAAAACAAGAAGAUUCCGAUAACAAAGUCGAAGAAAGUACACAGAACGAAGACAAUGAAGUUGACAACGAGGAGAUAGCUAUAGACGUAGAUGUUAAUAAAAGCACUACCCUGCCUGUAUCCCAGAGCAGACAGUCCAUAAAAUCAUUAUUGAAAUCAGAUAAGUCAGAUAAAGACAGAAGUACAUAUUCCAGGAUUGUUGAAAACGAUGCCUUGGAGUUCAGAUCUAAGAAUCUCACAAACACAACGGGGCCUAAUCCAGAUUUAACGCAAGGACCAAAUAAUAAAAUAUUAUUGGAAGAUUAUAUGAACUGGCAAGGACCUAAUGUAAAUAUUCGAAAAGGUCCACAAACAUUACAAAAAGGUCCUAAUCUUUCAUUAUUGGGGACCAAGAAGUAUCAGCCUCGCGGCUCAAACCCAGAAUUGCGCAAAGGUCCAAAAUUGGGAUUAGCAAAAGGCAGCAUUUUUUCUCAGUUGAAAAACGUCAGUAUUGGAGAAUCUCGAGGAAAGUAGCAGUUGAUGUGCAAUCUCAUUUAAAAUUCUUGAAUUUCGGUUGCAUAUCGUUAUUGAAAUCUUUGUUGAAUAUUUAAGUAGAAAAUUUAAAAGACCUCAUCAACACACAGCACACAAUAAGCACAACCUGAAGAUAAUUACAGUAGUUUAAAAUACACGAGGGUAAAUAUUUGCUAUUAAAUGUAUCCAAGGAAAAACAGUAUACAAAUAAGGUAAUACGAAAAAACUCAAUGUUUUAGUUUGUUUCUUUUAUACAGCUUAACAUCUAUGUGAUAUAUGUCAGCUAUGUAUCGUGUUAAUGGCAAUAUUCUAGUGAUAAUGCUGCAGCAGUGUGUAGCUUUUUAAAAAUGAUUUUAAAAAAUUGUGAAGGCUGUGGGUAAUAACGUAUGCCGCCCAUUCUUCAGCAAAAAAGUGGGUAAAGAAAGAAAAUCCAAUUCAGUAAUUUCACAGUCCGUAACAAAUGUUCACUAUUGCAUAUUUUAACUGCAAAUAUUUUUGUAAAUGUAUUUUAAGAGUAGUACAUGUAGGAGAAAAAAUAUUGUUUUUUUGCGGCCUUUUGAUAUUUUUGCCGUCGUGGUGUUCUAGAUUUCACUUCAUAAUGUAACAGCUACAAUAUUUCCCCUAAUUUUUGCAGUGUCACCACCUUGAACAGGGAAUUGUUUGUAUACACUAUAACUAUAUCUGGAUAGUUUUUAGCUACGAUUGUUGUAUAACUUAUCUCUUCUCGAUUAUUUAUUUAUAAUUCAUUUUCUUUUGUGCCAUAUAUUUACAAUAAUACUGCAUGUAUACUGGAUGUAAUAAAAUAGUGCAAUAUGUCU